AGCGCCGGGCGCCGCCGCCGCCGCCGCCCUGGCCGGGGGUGGUGCCCACCCUGCCCACCCCCCGGCGGGCGCGCUGCCGCUGCCCCUGCACCAGGGGUCGCCGCUCGCGGCCCCGAUGAAGCGAGUCAACGGCUGGCGGCCGCCGCCGGACGUGGCGGGCCCGCCGCCCCCGGCCGCCUCCGCGUCCCCUAGGAAGGGCGCGGCCUGGGCCGGCUCGGCGCCCACCGCGGGCGCCAGCGCCAGCCCGGGGCACGCCGUCUGGAUGAGCCCCGGCACGGUGCUGCUGCGCGGCCACCGCGUGGACACGGGCACGCCGGGCUCAGCCUCGCCCAAGAAGCAGAAGGGCGAGUCGUUCCACGAGGCCAUGUCCGGCAUCCUGGUGGCGGCGCAGGUGUUCGGCCUGCUGCCGGUGCGCGGGGUGCGCCGGCCCAGCCCUCUCGACCUGCGCUUUGAGCGCCGGUCCUCGCGCGUCGCCUGGUCGCUCGUGCUGUUCGUGGGCGUGUGCCUCGUCGAGCUGGUCUCGCUGCGCCACAUGGCCCUCACGCUCAGCGCCGACACGUUCGGCGUCAUCGGUGGCAUCGGGGCGGCCACGGCGGGCGCCGUGUUCUACGGCAACGCGCUCAUCGGCGCCCUGCUCAUGUUCCGGCUGGCGCAGCGCUGGCCGCGCGUCAUGGAGGCAUGGGCCGACAUGGAGGCCACGCUCCGCAAAGGCAGGACGCCCAAGCUCCGGCUCCGCUUCUCCGUCCUGUGCGCCGUCGUCAUGCUCGGCGCGCUGGUCGAGCACACGAUGAGCAUGCUCAAUGCGGUCCCCAUCUUCAUUGGCGUGCACUUCUACGGCGAGACCAGACCUCCGCCCGAGGACGGCCAGCACGUUAUCGACACCUCGAGUGGCGUUUUGCUCGAGUUUCUGGACGAGUACUGCCAUGCGUCUCACAGCUUCAUCUUCAACCACGUCCCGUACAACGCCUUCACCGGCCUGCUCAUCUUCAUCAUGUCUAAGGUGACCACCUUCACGUGGAACUUCGUCGACCUGUUCCUCAUGCUGGUGUCCACGGGACUGGCCGAGCGCUUCAAGCAGUUCAACGCCGUGGUCUUCGAGUCUGACGUCGCGAUGCUGAACAAGGAAGACUGGCGGGAGCUCCGCGAAUACUUUGCCACUUUGUCGGCUCUCACCAAAAACGUGGACAGCAACAUUUGCUCCAUCGUGUUCCUCUCCUUCGGUAACAAUCUGUACUUCAUCUGCCUGCAGCUGCUCAACGGCCUCUCCCCGGGAAAAGCCUCGUGGUUGGCGACCAUGUACUUCUUCUACUCGUUCGGGUUCCUGCUCGGCCGCACCGUGAUGGUCACCCUGAUCACGGCCAGGAUCAACGACAUGAGCAAGGAGGGUCUGGCCGCGCUGUUCAGCUGCCCGUCGGAGACCUACAACGUCGAGGUGGCGCGGUUGCAGCACCAAAUGGCGUCAGACGACUUGGCUCUGACAGGGCUCCGCUUCUUCUCCAUCACGAGGAACUAUAUGCUGGCCGUUGCCGGGGCGAUCGCCACGUACGAGAUCGUCCUGCUCCAGUUCAACGUGGCCAUCUCGCCGCACCCGACGCAGCCGCCGCCGGACGGCGCCGUGGUGGUCACCCUCCCGACGGCGGGGCGGUAGCGGCAGCGGUAGCGGCACCGCGACCACGACGACGGAGAGGGGGCAAGAAUGAGUCUGAGAAAUCUUCCACGAUAUCGUGUAAUUCAUGAAUGGCAUAUGACGGCCACAUUCGCGGCCACCAAAGCUCUUCUGU